AUGAAUGGAAAUAUACUUGAGGAGCCAAUCCAUUUUGAAGCGUUAGAAUAUACGUCCCCUGGUGGUCGUGAGUAUUUUACACCCAAAUGCGAUGAAAAGUAUAAGCCACAUGUAGAUAGGGCUUUUCCCACUGUUGAUGCUGCAUAUGAGUUCUACCGAGAAUAUGGACGUUUAUGUGGAUUUGAUGUGCGCAAGAGUUCUGCCAAACAUGCUCCUGAUGGUACACUCAUUCGCAAGUACAUAGAAUGUAGUUGGGCUGGUACGUAUGACAAAAAUAAGCAAACAACAUCUGAAGUUGUUGCUGAGAAGCCCAUUAAACGUCGAAGGACAAGUUCACGUAGGUGUGAUUGUAAUGCUAUGAUCAAAGUAAAAUAUGCCGGUCUCAGUGGUUAUGUUGUAUCAUAUUUCGUUGAGGAUCACAAUCACGCAUUAGCUUCCGCCUCCGAUUUUAAAAAUUUUAAGCGCGACAUGAGGGCUCGUAUCGGUCCACAUGAUGCAGACAUGAUACUUGACAAGUUUAGUGGGAAAUAUGUGACGUCAAAAAAAACAUUUUAUUAUGAGUAUAAACAAGACAAUGAUGGUCACUUAACUGGUCUUUUUUGGGCUGAUGCUAUUGGUAAACGUAACUAUAGCAUAUUUGGAGAUACUCUGUCCUUUGAUCCAACCUAUCGUACAAACAAAUAUUGCAUGCUAUUUAUUCCUUUUAUAGGUGUUGAUAAUCACUGGAGCAAUGUGACAUUUGCUGCUGCACUGGUUGAGAAAGAAGAUCAUACCAACAUUAAGUGGGCGUUGGAUGCUUUUACCAAAUGCAUGGAUCAUAUUCCUCCAUGCGUCAUAACAGAUCAAUGCCUUGGAAUAAAUAAGGUUGUUUCGCUGGUUUGGCCCGAAACCAUACAUCGUUAUUAUGGUUGGACGUCUGUUAUUGAUGAAUACGAUUUGGGUGAUAAUGACUGGCUUACUGAUAUGCAUGUCAUCCGCAAAGAAUGGAUCCCUGCUUAUUUUAAUAAUGUUGCAAUGGCUGGCUUGCUUAGAACAACGUCACGUUCAGGGAGCUCAAACUUCUACUUUAAACAUUUUCACAAGAGUGGGGAUACUUUGCUUGAGUUCUUCUCUAAAUAUGAAAGUGCAAUUGAGAAACAACGUCAUUUAUUUGAAGAUAACAACCAGCUCUCAAUAUCCGUUCCAAUACCUGCCACCGAGUUGAAGAUUGAAAUAGAUGCUGCAAAAAUAUAUACACGUCAACUGUACUACCGAGUCAGGGAAGAAAUAGAAUCGGCGUGGUACCAUACAAGCAUUGAUGAAGUUAGUCUUAUUGAAGGCGUUAAACAAUUUAAAAUAAAAGAUGCAUUAUUAAAGGGAAGAUUGUUUGAGGUUACUGUGAGACUUGCUGAUCACGAUGUGAAUUGCGAGUGCAAAUUCUAUGUCCGGAGAGGUUACUUAUGCAGACAUGCGUUUGCAAGUUUGCAUCAAUGUGGUGUUUCUAAAAUUCACUAG